ACAGUCCUCCUCACUUAAUUUUCACUUUCUAUUGUGCAAGUAUAAAUAGGUGCUGGUGAAAUCCUUUUUUCAGAACUAUAUCAGAGUCUCAGCCUCAGGAGGAACUAGUACCAACAAGAAAAGCAAACAUGGGUGGAGAAGAAUCAAGGCCGGCACCGACACCAUCACCACGCUGGACACCACCACCACCCCGGACACCAUCACCACCCCCACCAAAGAAGGAAUUUGACAAAGAAUGGAGGGAAACACUUUGGAGCAAAGAAGAGAGAGACCACAUGGUGGAUGAACUGAGGAGCUUUAAACUGAGUGAUCCUGAUGUGGGUCAGCUCAGAUGCCUGCUAUAUGGACCAGUCGGUGCAGGAAAGUCCAGCUUCAUCAACUCAGUCAACAAUGUCUUCCAAAAUCGCAUAACAGGUGGUGCCCUGGUAGCUGCUGCCUCUGGCUUAAGCUUCACCACGACAUAUGACACACACUACAUUCAAGGCCGUUCAGGUGAAAAACGUCUUCCCUUUGCAUUCAAUGAUGUCAUGGGUCUGGAAACACAAAACAACGGGUUGCACCCAAAUGACAUCAUCAAUGCUCUGAAGGGCCAUCUACCAGAGGGCUAUGAGUUCAAUCCUUUCCACCCAUUAUCGGACCAAAAAAAGGAAUUCAUUCAGAAUCCCAGCUUAAGUGACAAAACUCACUGCUUGGUGAGUAUUGUGUCAGCGGACAAAAUCUCUCGCAUGUCAGAGGAUGUCAUAGCCAAGAUGAAGAACAUCAGGGCAGAAGCCAGCAGACUAAAAAUUCCUCAAGUUGUUGUCAUGACCAUGCCAGACAAGGCUUGUGAGCUGGUGAACAAGGAUGUGAAGAGAAUCUUCUACAGCAAGGCGAUCAAAGAGAAGAUGCAGAUCUGCAGUAAUGAGCUAGGCCUUCCCAUGAACUGCAUCCUGCCGGUGAAGAACUACCACGAGGAGGGGAGGAUGGAUAACGACAUGGAUAUCCUGAUACUGAACGCCAUGACCCAGAUUAUGAACUUCGCCAACGACUACCUCUGGAACCUCCAACAACAUGCAAAUCAAAAAUAGAAUGAGUAUUAACAGUGAGCCCUGCAGUUUAAGAUUGGAAUAAAGUUCUGUAUUUUUUGA